AUGGUAUCCGACGAGACAUAUGAGCUUUGCCUGCCGGUCUUGCAGGAUGAGAGCAUAGACGAGGAGGACAAGACCGACAGGCUGGAGGAUCUUCUAAAAAAAGAGACGACGCUCACAGGUGUGAGCCUCGAAAAUGUCAUUCUCGAUGUACUCUGGCGGUACCGCGAAGGCCACGGGCUCGCCACGUCUCCUCCACCAAUACGACCGAACAUCCUGCGAAGACCAUCACCAUCGCCAUGGCGGGGCUCACCGACGCCCAUGUCUGGAUCUCCUCGUCUAGGGGUCAGCCCCCUAGCGCCGCCAGGUUUUAUGCCCAGCCUGAUGCGGACCAAGUCAUCGACCGUCUCGCCUUUCUCGUCACCUCGACCAUCGCCACGGCUCGCGUUUGCUGCGCCGGUGAUCCCGCAUAGCCCCAACCUGAAUGCCUACGAGUUUGCCAGUGAUACCAGCCCUUCAAACGAGAUCUUUGGUGACUUGCAAAACGACAACGUGGACUGGCUCGUCAGCGACGACGCCAUCAGCGUCACUUCGUCCGUAGGAACUCUUGGGAGUCUGAGUGUGUCAGCUCCUGAGUACAUGUCCUCCCAGCAGACUGACAUGACACCGUAUGACAUGCUUCGAUCGAUUCUUGGGCACUCAAAGACAGACGAGGAGAUAGAGGCAGCUCUCGCCCUUCACGGGUACGAUCUCAGUGCCACGAUCACAGCUAUAAUGGAUGCUCAAAGCAACGACCCGAACAACCUCUCUGGCCUCACGCCAGAGGCUAAGAGCGUUUUAAUUGGCAAAUCCAUGACCCCCGAUGCUCGACCAUCGACACCGUCUGCCCAGCAAAAGGCAGGCAUCAUUUGCAAGUUCUACCUGUCUACAGGCCAAUGUCUCCGCGCCGAUUGUCGCUUUAGUCACGACUUGAGCAAUCACAUCUGCAAAUAUUGGGUCAUGGGCAAUUGUCUCGCUGGAGAGACUUGCAUCUUCUCUCAUGAUCCAUCUCACCUCAUGAACAGACUUACACUUGACGUGAACGGCACACCACCGACCAAAUCCCAGAACCUCCAGGUCCAGGAUCUGACUUCGUUUCCAUCACUCCGACCAAGAACCCCGGAACUAAACCCCAAUGCUGCGUCAUUCACCUUCUCGGGAUCGACUCUGACCCCUCCGCCCGGCCUAAAGCCCUCAAAUCAUUAUGGUGGCGAGUUGGUGCACAACCGGUCUCGUCCCGUCAGCCGGCAGCAGUCCAGGGAGCCACCUAGUGCGCCACCAAUAGAUGACAACGAGGCUUUCCCGUCGCUAGGAUCAGCCUCUCUCAAACCAAGCAAGAAGCACCAUGGCAAGAGGGGCGGUCAUGGCCAUGGCCCCAAAGAAGGCGGCAUGCCUGGUUCUCUGGCCGACAUCGUCAGAAUGUCACCUAGUCCACUUCCGAGCCCUCGACUUGAGACUAAGAAGCUGGUUCGCAACGGUAGUGGAAUUGGACUCAAGAGUGGCGAGAAUAGUGCGACAGCACUGGCGAUUCCGAUGCCGAAACAUAUUCCCUGGCUUGAAACCGGAGAGCGGGCCAACAAAGGGUACCUUAAGGCCCGACAGGAGGCCAUCAAGCAUGGUGGCCUUCGGAACAAGUUUCUGCAGAGUGCCGCCCAAGCAUGGAACCGCAAUGAUGCCCGCGCAGCCAAGGCACUGAGCCUGCGAGGUCAGAGUGAAAACGAUCUCAUGCGCAAGGCUCAUAGAGAAGCGGCCAGGGAGCUAUACGAGGAGCGCAACCAGAACAAUGCGUCGAGCCCCGAGAUAUAUGUUGACCUCCAUGGCUUACACCCAGAAGAGGCUGUCGAGUACCUAGAAAGAGUGCUUCUCGAAAACAGCAACGAGGCACGACCAGUAUAUGCUAUCACUGGCACGGGGCAUCACAGCAAGAACGGCAAGGACAAGGUAGGCAAAGCUAUCCGCAACUUCCUCAACGAGUGGAGGUAUGCCUUCCGGGAGUUCUCGGUGCCGGGUGAUCGCAACAGCAUGGGUGGCAUACUAGGGAUAGAUGCGCGAAGCUGGGACCGAUCGCUGGGGCGUGAUGGCGAUCGGGACAAGGACGACUCGGAGGGCGGAGUUGACAUUCUUAGCCAAGGCGUGGAGAUAGGAGUGGGCAAAGUACGGCUGCUCGUCCGCGACCCGCCUAAGGGACCGAGUGGUAAUCGACUGCGAUGA